AUGACUGAGCAGGCGAGUCGUGCGCAGUGCUUUGUGUUGCCGGCGCUGUUGCACGUUUCCACCCGCUUCUCUGUGCAGUGGCAGCCUGCCUCUCAGUACUUUCCCAGCAGCGGAAGCCACAGCGGCAGUGGCCACAUCAGUUUUCUGCAGUUCCCAUCUCCGUGGACUGUGCUCUGUGAUGAGCUCUCCUUCGGCCUCCUGCUUGUGGUGUGUGUGUCGUGCAGCCUGGCCCUGCUGGGACUCUGGGCCUUCGCCUCCUGGAAGCUGUGCUGGGUGCCGUGGCGGCACAAGGCCCCAUCCUCCGGCUCCGCCCCCUUCGCUCCGGGCUGCCCCCGUGAAGGCGACACAGAAGGCCCCCUCCCCGGCGACCUCCAGACGGGCAUCAUGGCGACAGAGAAGCUGAAGGAGCCUUCGGACUCCACGGGCUUCCUGGAGGCGGCGGUGAAGAUCAGCCACACUUCGCCGGACAUCCCGGCUGAGGUUCAGCUCUCCAUGAAGGAGCACUUCCUGCGGCGCGCUCAGCGCAUGCAGAGGCAGACCACCGAACCCGCCUCCUCCACCAGGCACAGCUCCUUUAAGAGACACCUUCCCCGCCAAAUGCAGGUGGCCAGCCUGGACCUGGGAAAUGACUACGUGGAUGCAGACCUAAACGAGCAGCCCACCAGCAUCGGUCGUAUCAAACCUGAGCUCUACGUGCAGAAGACGCAGGAGACAGAAGAUGCCUCCAAGAAUGGUGGAAAGACUUGUGGCAAGAUCAACUUCUCCCUCAGGUACGACUACGAGAAUGAGGCUCUCCUGGUGAACAUCCUCAAAGCCUUCGACCUACCUGCCAAAGAUUUAUGUGGCAGCUCGGACCCCUACGUCAAGAUCUACCUGCUUCCUGACCGCAAGCAGAAGUAUCAGACACGUGUCCACAGGAAGACCCUGAACCCAACUUUUGACGAGUCCUUCCAGUUUCCAGUGCCCUACGAAGAGUUGAGCAGCAGGAAGCUCCACUUGACCGUGUUUGACUUUGACCGGUUUUCCCGCCAUGAUAUGAUUGGCGAGGUGAUAGUGGACAAUUUGUUUGAAGCGUCAGACCUCUCCAGGGAAACGUCAAUUUGGAAGGACAUCCAAUACGCUACCACAGAAAGCGUGGACCUGGGGGAAGUCAUGUUCUCUCUCUGCUACCUGCCCACCGCAGGGAGACUCACGCUGACAGUCAUCAAGUGCAGAAAUCUCAAGGCCAUGGACAUAACGGGAUACUCAGACCCUUACGUGAAAGUGUCCCUGAUAUGUGACGGGCGGCGCUUGAAGAAGAAGAAGACGACCAUCAAGAAGAACACGCUGAACCCCACCUACAAUGAAGCCAUCAUCUUCGACAUCCCCCCAGACAGCAUGGAUCAAGUCACGCUGCACAUCUCCGUCAUGGACUAUGACAUGGUGGGCCACAAUGAGAUCAUCGGGGUGUGCCGUGUUGGAUGCAGUGCUGAGGGGUUGGGUAGAGACCACUGGAACGAGAUGCUUGCGUACCCACGCAAACCUAUCGCUCACUGGCACCCCCUGCAGGAGGCCAAAAAAUCGGAAAAGGAGGCUCCAAACUCAUUGGCCCAUGUGUGGAAGGCCCGGGCAGCCAGCUUCGACAGCCAGGGUUCCUGUCCUUCCCCCAAACCCCCACCUAGCCCAUGAGGAGGAACCACCCGCCCCCCUGCAUUUGUAACAACUCAGCUCCACUGUGGGACCUGCGCAUUUCCCAACAACUUGCUGUCUGUCUGUCCAUCUGCGGAGCUCACCUACUGAAGGCACUCCCUAACACUGAUCCUGGAUCAGUGUUUUAUUUAUUUAUUUUCUCUUUUGCCAAUAAUGGCUGGGGCAAGUGUUAACGUCUGGCUACCUGAUCCAGAGCCAGCUGAGGAUCUGGUGGAGCUGCAAUGUCAUUGUACAUAAAAAGUUGUACCUCAACAGCCCCAGAGCGAACUGGAAAUAGAUGAAGCAAUUAUAGAUGUUCGGAGCCUCUUUGGACCGAGAUCUUUCAAAGCAUCCCGAAGCACCAUUUUGCACAGCAGAGCUCUUUGCUGGCUUUACUCAGAAUUAAAAAAAAAAAAAAAGAUUGUGGCUAAUUCAGAGAACAAAAAUCUAAUUGAUACGGAAUCAGACGCCACUGAAGCCUUUUCUAAGCACCGUAAUCUUCUGUAGCACAGCUGCGUUAAGGGAAGCCGAACAUCUCAGUGACAAAACUGAGAGAUUAUCUUGGACAUGACAAGGGGAACAACUUUCUUAUAUGGUUUUUUUGUUAAAAUUAGGCAAAGGUUAAAAGAACUCAAAAACUGAGCAUUCAAUGGACUAUAUACUUACACCAAUUGACUGUUCUGGUUACCUUUGAAGGUAACAGGUAGCAGUAAGGAUUGAUUUGUUACAACAUUCAAGGCUUUUGUUAGUGAAACAAAACUGCGAGGAUGAACCUAAAAUAAAAUGCACAAGAGCCAAAUAAACAUACCUGGACAUACUUGGAAAUUGCUGUAAACAAAAGAUUGAAGUUGUUUAACAGACGUUUCGAGUUUGUUUAUAAACACACAUCAUAUAAAGAGCACAAAGAUAGUUAAAAACACAUGGCACCCUUGAACUAAAUGCAAAAGUGGAUAUUUAGUAUCCACUGCUGGAUGAUUUUGAAAUUCCCUUUUAAGAUUAGUUUUGUUCAAAAUUCAGUUUUUUUCUGGGCUCAUCUGAUAGGCAAGUGCAGGAUCUUUGAUAAUUUUACCAAAUCGAUUUUAUGGCCAGUUUUUACUUCCUCUGUAUUUUCCAUGGAUGUUUUUUUUUUUUGCAACCUUGGACUGAUUGCACACAUUGUCCUUUUACUCUACAUAUGAUCUGAUUAUGCUUUGAUUAUGUCCAAAUGUUCUUUUCUUCUGUUUCUUUUGUGCAGUCAUCAGAAAGUAGAAGGUAUCUUUUAUGGUUUGAGACCAAACCAUUUUAAAUUCAGAAACAAUGUCUGAACCAAAUACACUGAUACAUGUGUUUAUAAAACUAUACAUAGCUAAAUAUUACGGUUCUUGUUUUUAGUGUGAAUACGUCAGUAUAGGUUCAUUAUCUUCCAAGGCUAAAAAAUGAAUGUUACCUAUUAUGUUUCAGCUGCAGCGUUCAUGUGAAAUUUGGUGAGGUCUGGUGAAGUACUAUUAAACCCAGUAACUCUGAAACUCCCUUGGAAAAUCUGCUGGAAAAUGGAAAAGCACUACUGGACUACACUGGCAAGAACGCAGUGUUUUUCUUUCUUUCGAGCUUUCAAAUUGCUUUAGUCAUGUAACACUACAGGUAUUUCUGUUUUUUGCCAGAUAUUUGAGGUGAAGAUUUUUGCCCUGUAGUAAAAGCCAACACAAACAUCGCUUUUAUGUUGAAGAAGUAGUUGCUGUUAAUAUUGUUUAAUGUCAUAGUCAUUGGCUAAAGUUGCAAGAUUUUGAAAUUGUAUUUGUCACAAUGAAUGAUCCAUUUUUAUGCUCCCCAGCCUGUAAACAUUUUAUUGAUAUGGCGGAAGUAACUCCCCCAGAUACAUUACUAGCCGUCAUGUAUGAUUCCCUGCUUUUUACUGAGGAUGUUAGCUUUUGUAUUCAAUAACCCAAGUAGUAAGAGCCUAAUGUAACAUCUACUAUAAGAAAUCCUCUUUCUAAUACUCUUUAAAUAUGCUUUUGUAACCAUGGCUUGAUAUAAAGUGACAUGUAAGCCAUUUAUUACAGUUUUACAGUUAAAUACAGACUAACAAAGCAUAUCUUUUGCAAAACUAGUAUGAUUUUUUUUAUUAACAGAAACUAUUUGACACAAUUUGUCUUUGAAGUUUUAAUAGCAAUCUGGCCCUAGACUGAAAGAUUAAGUGUUCGGUCCAUAUCAUGAGUGCUUGUUUUCUAUGGCUGAAUGAAUCUGAUUCUGGCACGGUUCCAACUCCAAACUGGCCCCUAAAAAGUGUUCAGGGUGGAUGAGGAUAUUUCAGCAGCAAGGUCUCCGGAGGAAAUUUCUGAUCAGCACACACCGAGUAUUGAGGAAGAGUGUCAUGCAGCCGUUUGUGUGUGUGUGUAUGUGUAUUAAAAAUGUGAAAUUGAUUAUUGACUCUGAAUGUUUCCCAUCCUGUUUUGCAGUCCUGUUUGUCAAGGUCACUUCAGGAAGCUGUAUGUAUAUGACCUACCCUGGCCACCUAACAGAUAUUAGUAUCAAACUGCUAGUUGCAGCAUAAGAUCUAUUUGCCCUGUCAGCCCCUGUUUUUGCUGAGAUAACACUAUAGCAUGUGUACACUGAGAGGAGGCCACAGGUAGCCCAAAUUAACACAACUGAACAUCAAAACUCUCUUCAGCUAAUCAAGUCUCUCUUGGAGACAGUUUCACUGAAUAGAUGUCCACUCAAAACCAUAUAAUUACAAGACCAAAUGGAGUUCUUCCGGGGAGACUUCACAAAGGUGUCCUUGUGUUCCCUCCCCCACAAGAUGUAAAGACUGCUCCAGGGGUUUACCAAGCGAGAAGACAACUCUGUACCUCUGAAGACUGUGGCAUUUCACUAAUUGGCACUUGUUAGCUCUAAAAUGAAGGGGAGGGCAUGCCCAGUCGGGAAGAUAUCACUGCGUCAAGUCGAUGUGGAGUAAUUGUGGCGACACAGACUGCGUAUAAACUGUGGGAUCUGUAAUUUCAAACUUUGCAGUCUGAGGCUCUUUUGUUCAUUUAUUUAUUUUUACCUACAGUGUGAUUGAUAGUAAACCACAUAGAAAUUAUAAGUGUCGUAGGCAGACUUACUUUAACGUAAAUGUAACUUACUUUGGGAAGUUAUUCCUUCAACUAUAAUAAGUGUAGUGUUUCCUAAUAUGAGUAAUGUAUUCCUUACAUUUAUCAUGUAAAUUGCUGGCCUUCAGAUUUUGUAUUGAAACUUUGUAUUUGUAAUAUAGCUGUUUGAAACUUGUCUGUGUAUUUUAAAAAAGGCACAAUAAAAAAAAUCUCAGUUCUCAAUGAA